AUGAAUUGUAGUUCUUCUUAUACAACCGAUGAGGAGAUGGAGUAUUUGGAACAUCGUGAUAAUCAUUGUGGGUAUGUCGAUGCAAUUACUGCUCCUGCAAAAGCUCCUGGCAAGAACGAUUUAUUAUUUAAAUUUGUUGUAUCAAAUGGAAACAGACGCAUUCCUAUUCUUGUAUGGGACGUAGAUCUUAUCAAUAAAUUAUCUAAAGAAAUUUGUUCUAGCAGGGUAGUAAGUAUUAAUGGUGGCCACUGUCGAGCUGUUGCCCCAUCGAAAAUCAAGGACGAAAGUAAUUUGGUCCCAUUUGAAGUAAUAAUAAAGGAAAAUACAGAAGUUUCUUUUUUGGGCUAUCACAACUUACAAAAUCAAACGACGAAUCAACUUCAAAAGGCCACUUUUGAUAACAUACACACUUUAGAAGGACUAAUAGAAAUUUCUGGCUACAUAAGAACGAAGUUUUCGUUAUUGCACAAUCGUAGUGGCCAUAUGACUUAUGGAUUAGGAGCAAUCACCGAUGGGAUUAAAAAAAUCACUGUUCAAGUGAAACAGUUUACGGAAUGUGAGGUUGAAAUUGGAGAUUAUGUCACUGUUACAGGAAUAUUAAAAGGCCAAGACUCCCUUGUAACAAUUUUUUGCGAUAGCAUCAAUAACAUAAAGUUGGAUGCUGAAAAACCAGCUUUAACAGCAGCAGAAGUUCAACGUGGUAGCCGACCAGUUAAACGCAUACGCACAAGUGACAAAAAAUGUUGAAUUACAUUUAAAAUAUUCCAUAUAUUUUGAGUUCUACGGUUAAAAGCUAUUAUUUAUUGAUUAUUUAAAAAAAAAUUACUGUUACAUAUUUCAUAUGUUCUGAGUUUUACGGUUCAAAGCUUUUAUUUAUUACUUUGCUUUUAUUUUAUACUAUUACAAUUUUGAACUAGAUUAAAGAAGAAUAACAAAUCAUAAGACUAAUUACGUACAAGUUUGGUACAAAAUGUGAUUCAUAGUUUUAUGACUGUGAUAUUAGAAACAUAUUUUGAUAGUUAUUCUUCAGACUAAAAAUAUGUGAUACUCGUGUUUAUCGAAACUAAAAUAAUUAUAUAUUUAAAAAGUCAAUACUCUUAUUAUAACAGUAUUUUCAUAAUGUUUAAUUAGUUUCAAAGAUUAAUAUAUAAUUAUGAUAUUUUCAGUUACACGCUAAAGUAUAAUGACUUCAAAGACUAAUUGACUUAAGAUUUUCAAUUACAUGUUCAAGUAUUUAAAUAAUUUAAAUGACUUUUAAGACUUGUUACAAGAAGAGAAUUGUAUCUUUUAAAGAUAAAGAUGACUCCGUAAACAAAAGUAUAUUUGUAGUUCCUAAUAUAGAAUUUACUAUAUUAAAAAGUUAACAUAAUAUUUCUAUAUAAUUUUGUAUUUGCAUGAAGUUUGUUUAUUUGUUUGUACAAACAAUGUAUCAAGUCUACGUAUAUUUUUUAUAAUAUAAAGUAAAUAAAAAGACUAUUAUGAGAUUACGAUGAUAUA